AGAAAAUACAAACUUCUUGAAAAUAGUCAAAUAAGAAAAGCUAAAAUCGAGUAAAUAGAAAGUUCCAGUAAAAUUCAGGUAGCAACUGACUAACCAAUCACGUGGCUAGCCAGCUAUUGCAUCAGCCAAUAGAAUUUAGCACUUUCUGCUGCUCGCUACGCAGCUUUCACUUGCCUUCAGACGCGCUGAGACGCUGACGAGGAAGCACUUGCCGUGAAGAGCAAACUAGGAUGCACUAGCAGCCGUUACUUGAAAAACAAUUACUCCAAGUUCGAGAUACAGAGGUCCGAAGACCGUGAUUUGCCGUUACCCUUGGGAAACCCCGUGUAAACCAAGCUGACUUUUCUUGGUCAGGUUUUUUAUUUUGGAUUGAUUCACCUCGGUGAAUUGAAGAUUCUUGUUCCAGUUCUGGAUGGCGAGCCCCAGCCCAACCAAACCAUCAAGCCGGUGAUUAACUGGUCUGUCACUCACCUGAACUCGACUUCAACCCAAGAUCUGACUGACAAGGAUUUCAUGAACAUUUGCCAAGCUGACUGACUGACUGAACAAACACAGACUGGUGACAUUUCAUUUUACUAUUUAAUUUUAUUUCAUUUUAUUUUAUUUCACAAAGCGCUUUGUUAUAUAUUAAGUGGGUUAUAAAUGCUGGUAAUAAACCAUUGUUUUAUAUACCUUGCUUGGUCCAUGUUGUCACUCCACCACUUGCUCCUCAGAGUCUAGAAUCUUUUGAUCUGGUCCACUCGGUGUUAAACCACAAAGAUUUUCAUGUGAACCACCUCUAGUAAAAUCUACGUGAGGUUACAUAAGCUGGCAGAGCCAGCCAGGAGCAUAAGGUUGUGAGACAACAUUAAAUAUUUUUGAAUAAUUUUCACCCAUAGUCAGUAUGGAGUUUGUUGAGGAGAAUGGUGUUAAAGUACCAAAUGCUGUAGUUGUUAGUGGUGUUACCGGUACGGAAAGAGACAAAGAAGUUUACGAAUUUCUGGAACAACAUGGCUCUAUUUACAGAACACUCACCAUUAAUGAUAGCUCAUCUGAACUUUACGGAAGUCAAGUCGUGGAAUUUGAGUCUGGUUUCGCCGAUAAAUCGUUAGCACCGGAAUUGCCGUACCUCUUGUCCACGGAUGAUCCACGAGUCAGGUAUCACAUAAAAGCUCUAAACGACGUGUACACUAGAACCAUAGGAGGCAGGUUUACUGAAACUUACCUCAACGAUCUGAAAGGCUUAGCUAAGCUGAGUGGAAAAGACUUUGAAGAAGUCUUGAAAGAAGUUAUGUCCACCAUAGGAAAAUCUAUUGAGUCCACAUUGACAACAGAAACUGAUCUUGAAAAUAGGACCUUAGAUCAAAUUAAUGUAAUGGCUGAACCCAACAUAGUGGCUGAACCCAGUCAGAGUGGAGUUUCACCUUUACACCAAACUAGAGUGUUUAGUUCACCUAAACCUAUGAAGACAACCUUACAAAGCCCUCCUAAACCACACAUUAUCCCACCAACAUUUACUGCAACAGAUAUUAAUCCCCCAGAGAUUCAGAAAAUUGUAGUUGAACAUGUGGUGAAAAAUGUGGAAAAAAUUUCCUCUACUCAUGCAGCUUUAAGAAUACGAGCUUUUUCUGGCAAAACUCCUAGACCCUACAGUGAGGCAGAUUAUGAAACGUGGCGUUCUCAUGUUAGUCUAAUGAUUGACGAUUCUUCUCUGUCUCAGCUAGACAAGACACGUAAAAUACUUGAAAGCCUUCUCUCUCCUGCGUCUGAUGUAAUCCGCCCUCUCGGACCAGAAGCCACGCCGGCUGACUACAUUGAGCUUUUGGACUCAGCUUUCGGCGGUGUUGAAGAUGGUGAGGAAUUACUUGUCCGGUUCAUGAAUACACUCCAAGAUCAUGGAGAAAAACCAUCCACAUAUCUCCACCGUCUGCAAGUGGCACUUAAUCUCGCAGUACGAAGAGGUGGUCUUGAGCCCCAGGAAGUGAACAAACAGCUUCUAAAACAGUUUAACAGGGGUUGUUGGGAUGAAACCCUAUUAACAGAACUGCAGCUAGAACUGAAAAAUAAAGAUCCCCCUACCUGCAGAGUUAUUGCUUUUUCUUCGCACGGCAGAAAACAGACAAGAGGUUAAAAGCUCACGAAUGAAGAGACACUUUAGUACCACAAAACCAAAAGCAGUUUCCCAUGAACAGACCGUCAUCGACG